AUAAUACCACCCAACAAGUUAAUGUUGCUCUUAGAACAUUGGCAUAAUAUAAGUUAUUUGUGUUGAGGUGUUUUGCGUAAAAAAAGACAGUACAAGAGUUUAGUAAUAAUGGUGUAAAUAGGUCGCGUUUGUAAUAAUCCAGCGAGCGACGCGAACAGCGAGGGUGUGCUUGGAGAAACAGGACAAAGGCUCCAGGACCAUAUUAUUUAUUAUUAUUGUAUGUACCAGCAACUCAGCAAGCGCGAGGAAUCCCGCGGUGCGGCCGUAAAACCAGCAGGCGAGAGAGAGAAAAGCGCGCCCCCACCCCUCGAUGCACAUUCUGCGGCGUGAAAAAUAAACGAGAGAAACCGACCGACAUAGGUUAUUUCGCAGAGUGCGAGUGAGACAACUUGUGGCCGCAUCACACUUUCCCGGAAAAGAGAAUGAGCGACUCGCCGAAAAAAGAGGAGGCGGAAAAGCAGCCAGAGAUCAACAUCGAGAUGGAGACACCGGCCACGGAGGAAGCCACCGUGCCACUGUCCGGCGAGGAGCCCACGAAGAAGGAGACCUCAGGCACCACCAAGGGGGUGGUCGGGGUGCUGGGCAGCUUCAAGUGGCUCUCGUUGUGCGGCGAUGCACCCCUCAUUACUGACAAGCUGGACCACGCGAUUGACGAGUCCAAGACGAGGGUCAAGCGCGCCUUCUACUACCUGAUGCACUUCCUCGACGUCACCGGAAGGAACUUCGGACAGGUGUGUUUUGCCAACAACCCUAUUUCCGGCUUUCUUAUCCUGGCCGGAUUAGCUGUCGGAGACCCACUGGUCGCCCUUUGCGGUUUCGUCGCCUCCACCGUCGGCAUCUUCUUCUCCCUGCUGAUGCAACAACCUCGAGGCUCAAUCCGUGCCGGUCUUUGCUGUUACAACGCAGCUUUGUUUGGUGCCGUCCUACCCGCUUUGGCUCUCGGCCCCAACCCAUGGGCUGAACCUCUAACGGUCUGGAUUUGCGUUGUCCUUGGCUCAAUUUUCACGGUGGUCAUCACAGUUUCUGUGGCAAACAGUCUCUCCUCUCUGAAACCAGCAAUCCCUCUGUUCACGCUGCCCUUCAACCUGGUCGCCCUCUUUGCUGUCGUCGUCCUCAGGGUGCACCACCAGGCUCAACAACCAACCAGGGUUCCAAAUCCCGAUUUCGACUGGAUGCAUCUUGUCGAGGGUAGCUUCUUGGGCGCCGGACAAGUAUUUGCCGUGCAGGACCUGUACUGCUCCGGACUAGUGCUCUUUGGAAUGCUGAUCUGCUCGCCCGUUCUCGCCCUGGCUGGGUUCUUUGGAUCACUUGUUGGAACCUUCCUUGGUGCUGCCGUGAGUGCCAACCUGUGGAAUGCUGCGUACAACGGCAUCCUUGGCUACAAUGCAUUCUUGGCCUCGUGCGCCGUCUGCUUCUUCUACGUUCCCACCUGGCGCAGCUUCCUGGUUGCCUUCCUGAAUGCCGCCCUCACCGUCAUCGUCCAGGUUGCCCUGGGAUGGGCAUUUGCUGACACUGCUCUGCCUGUGCUGACCCUGCCUUUUGUGGGCGCGUCUCUCAUCGUGUUGGGCAUGACUGCUGAGAAGGAGGCCCUUCCUCGCUCGAUGGCGCCCUUGACCUUCCCGGAACAGCACCGCGCCAAGUGGCUGCAGGACGCGCGCCGUGAGAGCGUCCAGUCCACCGACACCAACACCCAUCCAUAAGAAAAAAAAAUUAAAAAUCCAUUUUUCUAGAUAAAUUGUAAAAUGAGGAGACUUGAAGCAACAAUACACAAUCAUGUUUUAGGAGUAUAUAAGCUAUAUUGCCAGUAGUACAAGAUUUCCAGCCCAGCCACUCUUGGGAGUUUUCAUUACAAAUCUCAGUGGUUUGGGCUCAAGAGAGAUUCUAGAACCAAGUUGAAUACAUGUACAGAGUACUUAAUUAUGCUGGUGUGUUCUUGACUGUUUGGAUGUUCGUUGUAUGGACCAAAAAAUUUUAGUAUAAAUGCCAAAAUCGUAUUAGGUUUAUUAAAAAAAAAAUUACACCGACUCAUUUGUCACCGGAUUAUUUUAUAAUUAAUUUUUACAAGUGCAUGUAUUUUAAAUUUUAGUCUCUGCAUCACAAAUUUUUUGAGUACAAAACCAAUAAACGGAGUAUUUUCUUGUA